CAAUCAAAUACAGUACAAUAAAACCAGAAUUAAAAAACUUAUUCAAUUUAGCCGAUAAUUUAAAUAUAAAAUAAAAUAACAUCGUAAAACCCUAUUAAAAAUCCUAAUAAAACCCGUUUUAUGCCAGUCCUGCGCGGAAGAAUAAAUAUGUCUUCAGCUCACGGCGAAAGGUCCGGAGGUCGGGAAGUUGACGAAGUCCUGGAGGAAGCUCAUUCCAGAGGGUAGGUGCCCCCACAGAGAAGGCCCUCCCCCUGGGGGUCGCCAGCCGUCAUUGUUUGGCUGACGGCACCCUGAGGAGACCCUCUCUGUGGGAGCGCACCGGUCGGUGGGAGGCAAGCGGUAGCAGUAGGCGGUCCCGUAAAUAUCCCGGUCCUAAGCCAUGGAGCGCUUUAAAGGUGGUAACCAACACCUUGAAGUGCACCCGGAAGACCACAGGCAGCCAGUGCAGCUUGCGCAGGAGGGGUGUUAUAUGAGAGCCACGAGUGGCUCCCUCUAUCACCCGCGCAGCCGCAUUCUGGACCAACUGGAGCCUCCGGGUGCUCCUCAAGGGGAGCCCCAUGUAGAGAGCAUUGCAGUAGUCCAGGCGAGAAGUGACGAGGGCGUGAGUGACCGUGCAUAGGGAAUCCCGGUCUAGAAAGGGGCGCAAUUGGCGGACCAGGCGGACCUGGUAAAAAGCUCUCCUGGAGACGGUCGUCAGGUUGUUCUUAAAAGACAACCUCCCAUCCAGGAGAACGCCUAAAUUGCGCACCCUCUCCAUAUAUGUAAUUUUGGAUUGAGGCAUUUCUGUGUGCAUGCACAUGUAUAGUUAAUAUGGUUGAUAGUUCAUAAAUCAUUGGCCCUGUGAGGGAUCCAGCUCAGAUUUGCUUUCAUAACUAUUUUUAUUGAAACAAUAUGCUGUUGAAUUGAAUUUCGGCUAUAACUUCUGUUCUCUUGUUCAUAUAACUGUUCAGUUUCCUGCCACAUGCCUUUCAGAGGUACAAAUAAUUUUAAUCCAUCCAUGGUACUCAGACAUAGCAUUUAUCUCUAAUAACAGCUAUUGAAAAAAAUAUAAGCCAUAAGCGGAUACUGUCAUGGUAUUCAGAGAUAAGUACGUCUCCUGCCCUUAUUAUGGUCAGAAAGUCAUUGAAAACCUGGCUCUUCUCCCAGGCUUUGGGCAAAUCGUGGCUGAGCCGCUAUAGAUUAUUGCAUUGUAAUUCAGAGUCUUCGUGCUUAACAUCAGUUUCUUCUUGGAAUUAUUAUUUUUUUUUUAAUAUAAGCCACCCAGAAUCAUCUGGAGUCAUGUCACCUCUAAACUGAAGGAAAAUCAUCAACACCAUCUUACUUGAACUCAUUCUCCUGUUCCUUUCUUCCAUCUUUUGCCACCCAGGCCAAUAGUGGGUUUCACUUACUUUCACUACUAGUUCGGAACGGUGACUGUGCAUGUCUGUGUGCGCACACUUUACUUGUGUGCGGCACUUCUGCGCAUGUGCAGAGCGCCCGUGAUGACAUCCAGGCAGGUGGGCGGAGCCUCCCAACACCGCUGCUCCCAGUUCGCCCGAACCGGGCUGAACCGGUAGAAAGCCACCACUGAACCAGGCCCUGUGCAACCCCAAUCUGUUUUACGUCAAUAUAGUAGCUGUAUUAAAAAGUACCCUGAUGAUUGGAAUUCAUUUGUUGCUCUUAAGAACCUGUUAUGCUCUCCUCUCUCCAUGGUCUUUUGCAAGUAAUCAAGUAAACAAAAGAGGGGACUAUCUAGUAUAAUUGUUGUUGCUUUAACCAUUCAGUCAUGUCCCACUCUUGGUGAUUUUACAUAACAAGUGCUUUCCAUGCUAGACUGUCAAACACAGCUUCUUUCAGUUGUUGGAUGUUCAUCGUAUAAUACAAUCUAUUUAUUCCUUAACAGAACUCUGCCCUGUGCACUUUUGACCUUACCAGGGGCUCCCUGAAAGCCCCACAAAUCAGCUGUCUCUAGAUGAAUUUAUCUUCCAGGUUCUCCUACAUGCUCUUCCUUCACCUUCAUUGGGACCACAAUUCCUGCAGUGUUCAGGGGCCAUGAUUGCUGGGGAUGUUAAGAAUCUAUGCUUGCUCAUUUGACAAAUAUUUUGAGGAAUGAAAAGGGGCCAGAAUGGUGAAUUUGCCAUAUGCAGAAACUGUUGUACAGUUGUACUUUAUUUUUAUUUUUGUAUUUAUUUGUCAAGCAUGUAUAAGGUAACAGAUAUAAGUAUAAACAUGAUUAUGAAUACAGGGAAUGGAUAAGAAUAAAUGGGGACAGUUGGACAGGGACGGUCGGCCCCUUAUAGACCUCUUAGGAAUGGGAUGAGGUCAACAGUAGACAGUCUAAGGUUAAAGUUAUGGGGGUUUGGGGAAGAGAUCACAGAGUCAGGUAGUGCAUUCCAGGCAUUGACAAUUCUGUUGCUGAAGUCGUAUUUUCUGCAAUCAAGUUUGGAACAGUUUACCUUAAGUUUGUAUCUAUUGUGUGCUCAUGUAUUGUUGCAGUUGAAGCUGAAGUAGUCAUUGACAGGUAGGACGUUGUAGCAGUUAAUUUUGUGUACUACGCUUAGGUCAGACCGAAGGCAGCGUAUUUCUAAAUUGUCUAAGCCCAAAAUUUCAAGCCUGGUGGCAUAAGGGAUUCUGUUGCGAGUGGAGGAGUGGAGGACUCUUCUCGUGAAAUAUCUCUGGACUCGCUCAAUUUUAUUAAUGUCCCAUAUGCAAUGCGGGUUCCAGGCAGAUGAGCUGUAUUCGAGAAUUGGUCUAGCAAAGGUUUUGAAUGUUCUAGUUAGCAGUACAAUAUUACCAGAGAAGAAGCUACGCAAGAUUAGAUUAACAACUCUGAAUGCCUUUUUGGUAAUGCUGUUACAGUGGGCUCUUGAAAAGAAACCCACUGUAGCACCCUUCCUCCUUUUUGCUGCUGCUAACUUAUCUUCCUCGGAGGAGGAGAGAAGUCUUGAAACAGCCUGUAUCUUUGAUUUUAAAAACACCCAACACAAAAAGACACAUUCUCCUUGCCCUGUGAGUUGGGGCAAUCAAAGUGCCGUUUAUCAUAAACGUCAGCUUACCCUGGACAUCACUUUCAAGAGGGAGUCAGUGUCACGUGUCCAGCCAUGAUGUGCACCCGUUUCUCUUUCAGAAUGAGGUCAGCAGGGGCAUCUUUCUAAAAACAAGGUUGUUGGUUUUUUUUUCCUAUGGGCAAAACACGCUUGGAAACAAAGAAUGUUUUCAUACUGGGCUUUAACGCUUUCCCCCCCCGUAGUUCUUUCCAGCAAGUGAGGCUGGGCUGGAGAGAGAGCGGGAGCACCGCACGCAUGCUCCAGCAUCCGCAGCCCUCCCCCCCCCUCCACCAUCCCUUUCUCAUCCCUGAUCUCCUCCCCUCCUCUCUCCUCCACUCCUGCUUGGAACUGCCAAGAGGGAAAGGAACUACCUCAUCUAUCGAUAGGGAAAGGAAGGGAAAGAGGGGGCUGUUCUGUCAUUGGGGAUCUCUCCAGCAUCCUCCCAAGUAGUUGGUUGAUCCAGGAGCCGCUGGGUUAUUUCAGCACCAGCAGCCCUGGACAGCUCCAGAUUCAUUGAACUGGUACUUCGAGCUGCUGGCUGAAUCCGCCCAGAGACCUACGUCAUCACACAAAGAAAAAGAGGCGAAGAAUCCUUGCUGGGCGCUCCUUUGAUCUGCACAACACCCUGCUUUUUCCCCUGGAGCCCCCCCCAGCAGGGUUUCCUCCUAAACCAUGGGCAGAAAGAUGCUCCUCAGCCUGUUAACCAUGUUGUCCUUGAUCGUAGGCCAAAUGUUUGGCUUCCCGAAGCCUGAAGGCGCAAGAGAAGAUAAAACAGUAUACAACAGAGAACUAAGUGUAGAGAGACCAUUGGAAGAACAGAUUGCUGAAGCAGAGACCAACAAAAUGAAGAAAUCACUCCAGACAGAUCUUCCAGACAAUAAGCCAGAAUUCAGGAAUUAUUCAUUUGUGGAUGACUUGAACCUGCUGAGAUCUGUUGUGGAAAAAGACAGAAAGGAAAAGGAAAUGGAAUCGGUCAGGAGUCCCCUGUAUCACCAACAGCUUGCUCUUGACGAUGCAGAUUCCACCAAGCGACGCAGGCUGGUGGAUGACUAUGACUCCACUAAAAGUGAUGUGGAUUAUAAAUACCAAGAUGACCCCGAUGGACUUCAUCAGCUCGAUGGAACCCCAUUAACAGCUGAGGAUAUCGUCCAGAAGAUUGCCAUGAGAAUUUACGAAGAAAAUGACAGAGGGGUCUUCGACAAGAUUGUUUCCAAGCUUCUAAAUCUGGGCCUGAUCACCGAAAGCCAGGCCUACACCCUAGAAGAUGAAGUGGCCGAAGCAUUGCAGCAGCUGAUUGCUAACGAAGCCAAAGAUCGGGAAAAGGCCUCUGAGGGACUUGAGGGUCUCCCAAGCAAGAGUAAGAGUCAGACCAAAGAGAAGCAGAAAAUAAAACCGGUAUUAAAAAAUACUGAUCGAGAUGACACCUUGGAUAAUACAUGGGCAGCCACCAACAUCUUAGAAAGAAGAAAUGAAUUGCCCGCCGAGGAUCGUUUUCAGGAUCUCCAAUACUUCCCUAAUUUCUAUGAGCUAUUAAAAAGCCUUAACUCGGAGGAAGAAGUGAAAGAAAAGGAAACCCUGAUCACAAUCAUGAAAACGCUAAUAGAUUUUGUCAAGAUGAUGGUUAAAUACGGCACCAUCACCCCAGAGGAAGGGGUUUCGUAUCUAGAAAAUCUAGAUGCCAUGAUCGCCCUGCAGACAAAAAAGAAACUUGAAAAAUCCAGUUCCCAGAACAAGCUAUCAGACAAGAGCACUGAGGAAGCCGACAGCACAAAAACAGGCACAGCCAAAAUGGAAAAAGAAUACGAAGCCCUGAAAGAUUCCACAAAAGCCGAGGAAGAAAACACAGAAAACAACGAACAACCCAAAGGAAAAGCAGACGCCUAUUUGGAAGCCAUCCGAAAGAAUAUAGAGUGGCUAAAGAAACAUAACACACAGGGAAAGAAAGAUGAUUACGAUCUUUCUAAACUGCGGGAUUUCAUAGACCAACAAGCCGAUGUUUACGUGGACAAGGGCAUCCUGGAUAAAGAAGAGGCAGACGUGAUUAAGCGUAUCUACGGCAGCCUGUAGAGGAAAGGAAAAACCUCCCGAAGACUGUACGGCAUUCUAGUCUAGCUUCACCCACAUCUAGUUCUAAGACCUACAACUUUCUUUCUCCCCACCACAUCCCGGGAAAAAAAAAGAGGUGAUUAGAAAGUAUUCUGUCUCCAUUGUACUGAAUUUUAUCCGGGUUAAAAAAAAAAAAACAACCACCACCAACCCACCACCACACCCUAUAAUUGCAUAUUUGUUUCUUCUCAACUUUGAUCGCUCUUCCCCCCCCACCCUAAAGUAAACGAGCUGCCCACUUUAUAGAUAACAGGGUAAAACAGCUGCUUACAUCAUGUCCCCGUUAAUUUAUCCAGCGGCUCUUUCAGAUUAUAUGGUUUGGAGAAAAGAGCCAGUUUGUUUCAUCGUGAAGUGGCUUUUAAGAGAUACUGUUCUGGGGGGGGGGAAAUAUAUGAUAAAGGGCCUUACUAGGGGACAACCCAAGUGAAUUAACUCAGUUUAGCUCAAUUUUGCAUUUCUUGCGAAGAAAUCUCAUCUUUGCAAUUCUCUUCUCUGGCACCUCUUGUUUUGUGUCCCAGAAAAGUAUUGUUGGAAUGCUGUAAUAUAUUCAUUUUCUUGCUUUUGGCGCAUUCCGCUUUGUUCUCCCGCCUCGCCCCCCCCCACCCUAUUUCGUGUGCCAUCGAGUCAUGGCUGUGUGUUUUAACCCUGCAUCGGCCUUCAAAAUAAAUCUUUACAGGGAGAAAGAACUGUAUUGUCACCGUAUUGCUACGGUCAGGUACAGUAGCAACGGUUGUCCUUCACAUCCUCCAUCGUUCUUGGUUAAGUGUUAUUUCUCUGCAUGUAUAAAGAACAGUUCUUGAUGUGAGUAGCUUAAUGAUAUGUGAUUAACCGUUUCUAAGGGUAAAAAAAGGAGGUGAAGCAAGGUCCUUGAGCUUAGAGGUGUGCUUAGGAUCAGACAUUUAUACAUAUGAGUGAUAUGCUAGGAUUGCGGGAAUGCAGUAUCGUUUAGCAACACAAGGUUUCAUAAAUGUCUCGUUUUUGUAAACUUUUGGUUUAGCCUGAGUUUACACUGAAGAUCCACGCUCCCUUUCUAUUUAAAGAGAUAUGCGUUUACACAUUUUACACAUUUUAUUUCAUUUUUUUUAACUAAGGCACAAUUGGGUUAAAGCAACAUGCUAAGCCAUAAGUCACAAUCCACAAUGCUGGUUUAGUUUGAUCAGCCGUGGUUUGUGGAUUAAGCCAUAAUUGGAUGGGCUCCAUACAGUGCAGCAAGGCAUAAAUCACAGUUCAAAAAUUAGAAUGGCUACAUUCACAAAAUAUUGCAUCCCCCUCCAUAGUAAAUGUUGAAUAAUUCUUGAGAAAAGUAUAUCCUGCAUUUAAGUCCUCAUUAUGAACGUGACAUGAGUAGACUUCUAUUUGUCUUGUAAUAAUCAAUUUAUUUUUGUUUUGAGAUUCUAAAUUUAUUGAACAUUAACAUGCAGUGAGCAUGCUAGUCAGAAGAUGGGCUGAUUCUGCUUAAUUUCUCCAUUAACAGUACAAGUAAUUAAUUUCAAUAAUUGGAAAUAAGAUUUUCUGGUGCGCAGCAGUGCAGUCGUAAAGCAUGACAUCAGGUGGCUGCACUGCUUAGUGACAACAGUUAUGGUAGUUCUCAGUUACUGUCAUUAAGUGAAGACCAUGGUCACCUUCGCAUGACUACGAUGUCUGAGAUCCUGCUGGCUUCCCCAUUGAUUUUGUUUAUGGGAAGCCGACAGGAGAUCACAAAUCGUGAUUAUUGGCACAUGCAUUUGGCAGAACUUUGAGAACUGGUUAUAAGCUCAACAUUGUUACAAGUUGAAAUGGGCACUGAAUGAGUGGCCAUUCAAUAAAGACCACCUUAUGUUUACUUGUUUUGUUUUCCCCCCUAAACUGCCCUGAUAAGUUGCAGCGAUAAAAUGUUUUAGAAUAGGGAUCUCCAACCUUGGC